GAAAAGUCUCUCAUAUAUUUGGCAUAAAGAUCACUGCUGCUCUUCUUGAGAACCAUGAAAUCUUUCCUGAUCAUUGCUUGUAUCUUUGGACUCUGCUUUGCCGUGCUAGCAGAGGAUGGAGAACUUCGAGAGAAGCGCUCAUCAAGCCAUUCCUCAGAGAGACAACCUGGAGGCUUCUUCAACCCAAACCCAUUUCAGCGUCCCUAUCCCUAUCCCUAUCCGUACUCCCCCACUUACCAGCCUCGGCCUCUACCUCAGCCUCUGCCUCCAAACAACAAUGCUCUCCUCAGCCUCUUGCCAUUCAUCUUAGCACAGCUGGCAUCCAAACCUGCUCCUGCACCGGCCCCUGCACCGGCACCUGCACCGGCCCCUGCACCGGCCCCUGCCCCGGCCCCGGCCCCUGCACCAGCCCCUGCACCAGCCCCAGCUCCUGCCCCUGGUGGGCGAUAAGACACCAGUUAAA